AUGGUGUCACUAACAGGAGCAUUGAGGAGCAAAGUAGAUAGUAAUGGUGUGAAUAUCAUGGUAGCCUUGUAUGAAAACAAUAUAGUUACUGAUUGUCCAAGAGGAGAGAACAAAGGUUAUGUUCUAUCAAACGAUUAUGUCGUUAGAAAGCUCGAAAAACUCUCGACUGAAAAAGACAUAUCUGAUAAGAAGACAAUAACAGCAAGUGUUAGCUUUACUUUGUGGGGAGGAUUCAAUAGCAGCAAAUGUGGUGUAGCUGUCUUUGUUCAAAGCCCUUCUCACCAGAUUUUUGGUUCACAGAGUUUUCAGUUGCUGAAUAAUAUAUGA